AUGGGAAUUCCCUGGAUUGUGGUGUGUACUUUGGAAGCUUAUGGCAGGCCCCUUGUGAGGCAGAAGCACACAGGCUCAGAAGAUAUGGAUACGCUGACUUUUGGUACCCCUAUUUUGCUGAAAAACCUCACAGCGAGUGAACAGAAAAAGCUCCCUGUGACAGAAAUCAAUCUAAGCAAGGCUCUAGAAGAGCUGGACAUGCCCAUGCAGCAGUUUAUUGACCUCUGCAUGCUCCUUGGUUGCGACUACCUCGAUCCCAUCAAAGGGAUUGGCCCCAAAAAAGCUCUCAAACUAAUCCGAGAACACAAGAGUCUAGACCAAGUCCUCGAAGUCCUGCAGUCGGGCGAACGAAUGAAAAAUGAAGAAGUUCAUGAAUCUAAUAUACUAGCAGACGAGCCAAAUGGGGAGGCGCCGAAAAAGCGGGGUGCGAUUCAAGUGCCCGAGUUUUGGCCCUACCAAGAGGCCCGAGUGCUUUUCCGAGACCCUCAGGUCCAAGACGGAAACACCGUGCAGGACCGAGUACGCCGUGGCUGCGAAAAAUUGUCCAAGGCGGUCGGCCAGAAACAGCAGGGCCGGCUGGAUGGCUUUUUCACGUACGUUCAGGCCAUUCCCUCAACUGACGCCAGCGUUCAACCGCGUCAAGGGGCAGCCCCCCCAAAACGCAAGAAUGCACCUACGCCGGCCAGCGGGAAAGCACCUCGAGGAAAAUCGGCUCGUUCCUAA